AUUAUCGAAACUAUUUUGGCAUGGUGGCAACAUGGUUGCUUUGCAUGAAUGCUCUAGGAGAAAAGCUAUAUCCAAAUCCUUGCAGUUAGCUGAUUUGCGUUCACAUUCCAUGGAUGUCAGUCAACACCUUCACUGUAUCUACACAAAUUGGCCUCCUAUCAAGGCCAAUGCGACCAAUAUGCUUUUGUUAUAUUAUCAUGGGAAACAAGCCUGCGAAGCAAGAACGACGAGAAGAGGUUCUCUUGAAAAUUGUGCCACCAUUGGACCAAGCUUAUGUUCGAUGGCUUGCUCGAGAUAUAGAGAGGAUUCACGGUUUUAGCCCGAGAAACCCUCGUGCAGUGAAACCCCCAGAGCACUACAUUGAAUACAUGCAGUUGAAUGGUUGGUUAGAUGUAGACUUGGACGAUCCAGAUUUGGCCCAUUUGUUCAAAUAAGAAGGAAUACUUUUUUGCUAUAAAAAAGCUUAUGAAUUGAGCUUGGAAUUGGAAGGUACGUUGAAAGAACUAUGUUGCUGUUGUAAAUGGAAACAACUUAUGAUUUCCAAGAUGGACAAGAUCUUGAAUGAAAGUUCUUUCAUCAUUCAUGUAGUGAUGAUUUUAUGGUUU